GUUAAUUCUAUUUCAUCAUUUCUCACAUUCUAUAAUAUUCUUCAUUCACUUUAUAAUUAUUUCUCAUUUCAUCAUUUUUUUUUUUCCAUCUUAACUCUAAUCAUGUUUCAUGAAAGAGAAUUCAUCUCUAUUAUCAUUCUCUUCAUGAUAGCCUUUUGUUUCUUACCAUCCUCAACAGCUGACACAGAUGCUCAAAUUCUAGUGAACUUCAAAAGCUUCUUAUCCAAUGCAGAUGCUUUAAACAAUUGGAGUAACGAUUCUAUUAAUGUGUGCACAUGGACUGGUUUAAUAUGCAUCAAUCAAACUAUACUUCAUGGUUUGAGACUAGAAAAUAUGGGACUAAGUGGAACAAUUAAUGUUGACAUCCUUAUGAAAUUGUCCAAUUUGAAGAGUUUUAGUGUUAUUAACAAUAAUUUUGAGGGUACAAUGCCUUCAUUCAAUAAAAUUGUGGGAUUAAGGGCAUUGUUUCUGACCAAAAAUAAAUUCUCUGGUGAAAUUCCUGAUGAUGCUUUUGAAGGGUUAAGAUGGCUCAAGAGAGUAUUCUUAGCAGAAAAUGGAUUUAAGGGUCAUAUUCCUAAAUCCCUUGCUCAAUUGCCUAGACUUUAUGAUAUUGAUUUACAUGGAAAUAGCUUUGAUGGCAAUAUACCAGAUUUUCUACAGAGUGGUUUCAGAGUGUUUAAUUUAUCUAACAAUCAAUUGGAGGGUGCAAUACCAGAAGGUUUGAGAAAUGAGGAUCCAAGUGUUUUUGCAGGCAACAAAGGUCUGUGCGGAAAACCUCUUGAACAGCCCUGCAGCGAAAGCCAUAGUGCUCCGCGUGAAGAAGAAAACGAAAAAGAACCUAAGAAACGCCAUGUUCUUAUUAGUAUUAUUGCAUUUGUGGUAGUGCUUAUAUUGGCUUCAAUACUGGCACUUUUGUUCAUUCGAUACCGUAGAAAGAAAGCUGCAGAAAAAUCAAUUUGGAAUAUGGAGAAUGCACAAUCACAGUCUCAUAACACCAACACCAGUACAGCUUCCACGAGUGAGGCCAAAUCAAUUGUAGUUGAAUCCAAGAAAAACAAAGAUGAAGAUUUGAACUUCGUUACGAACGAAAGGGUUGAGUUUGAUUUGCAGGACUUGUUAAGGGCCUCAGCAGAGGUUUUGGGAAGUGGAAGUUUUGGAUCCACUUACAAGGCUAUGGUAUUGACAGGACCAGUUGUUGUAGUGAAAAGAUUUAAGCACAUGAACAAAGUUGGCAAAAAAGAGUUCUAUGAUCAUAUGAGAAGGCUUGGAAGGUUGACACAUCCUAAUCUACUCCCUCUAGUUGCAUUCUAUUAUGGAAAAGAUGAGAAGCUUUUGAUACACGAUUUUGCAGAAAAUGGCAGCUUGGCAAGUCAUCUUCACGGUAGACAUUGUGAGUUGGAUUGGGCAACACGUUUGAAGAUAAUCAAAGGAGUAGCUAGAGGUUUAGCUUACCUUUACAGAGAAUUUCCGGACGAAAAGUUACCACAUGGACAUCUAAAAUCAUCGAAUGUUGUGUUAGACCAUUCAUUUGAGCCUUUUUUAACUGAGUAUGGACUUGUGGAAGUAACUGACUUGAACCAUGCUCAACAGUUCAUGGUAGGCUACAAGUCCCCAGAGGUGAGUCAACAUGAAGGGCCGAGCGAGAAGAGCGACGUAUGGUGUUUAGGGAUACUUAUAUUGGAGCUAUUGACAGGGAAGUUCCCUGCAAAUUAUUUGAGGCAUGGGAAGGGAGCAAAUGAAGAUUUAGCAAUGUGGGUGGAAUCUAUAGUGAGGGAUGGGUGGAGUGGAGAAGUGUUGGAUAAAAGCAUAGGUGGUGGGAGUAGAGGUGAAGAAGGUGAGAUGUUGAAGCUGUUGAGGAUUGGAAUGAGUUGUUGUGAAUGGAGUUUGGAGAAUAGGUUGGGUUGGAAGGAGGCAGUGGCAAAGAUUGAGGAGUUGAAGGAAAUGGAUCAUGUGGGGGUUGGAGGAGGAGUUCAGAGUCAAGACUCUGACUUGUCUCUUUGAUUCUUACUUGUCUUGCUUCUAUAUUGUGUGUAUAUGAUCAUUAUAAAUCAUAUUUUUUGCUACAAAAUUUAUUAAAUAAGAUGUUUUUGGUUUUUCCAUUUA